AUGGGUGCAGGGAUGUGGAGCGGAACGAGCGGUGGAUUCGGAUCAAGUUCCCAAUUACUUGGGAGAACGGAGAACCAAGAAUUGUUGUCAUGUGACAACAAUCAAGAAAAGAUAAUUAUAACGGAGAAAGGGAAGCAAAGAAAGGAAAAAAUGUUAUCUCGAGAAACAAUUUCAAAGUGCUUUUACAUGCCAAUAAAUCAAGCGACCAAGGAACUUAAUAUUGGGGUGACACUUUUGAAGAUAAGAUGUAGGGAUUUGGGAAUUCAAAGGUGGCCACAUAGGAAGUUAAUGAGUCUUCAAACACUAAUCAAGAAUGUUAAGAAAAAGAACGUUAAGAUAUUCUCUAUAUAUAAAUGUUACCCUUGUUUCGAUGAUGAAUAUUUGCAGGAAUUGAAGAGGGGGGAAGGAAAUGGUAUGGAACAGAAGUGGAAGGAUGUGAUAGAUUCAUUAGAGGAAGAGAAGAAAAGGAUGGAGGAAAUCCCGGACAUGGAACUUGAGGAGAAAACAAAGAAAUUAAGGCAAUCUUGCUUGAGGCUAACCACGAAGAGAAAACAUGGGUAUGGCGAAUUGCGGGCUUUUUGA